UCGGUGUGUGUGUGUGUGUGAGUGGCGAAAAAUUCGCAAGCCGCUUACUUUUCAACUGAAGUUCUGUGUUGUUGUUUUUGUUGUUGGGGAAACACGUUUUCCUGCAGUCGCACUAGAGUUACAAGUCUAGAAAUGCCACCAACUCGUUAGCAAAACGUAACACCUGAGAAAUCUUACGGCGUGAAGUCUGCUGUGGUCCACGUUUUAAUUCUACGUGUUUACACAAACACACACACAUGUAUAUAUAUGUGAAAUGCCAGUGUAUUAGUGGCUCAAUGCAACGCUACCUCACCGGCUAAAUAACGCGCGAGUGUGUGUGUGUGGCAAGAGCGCCUGCUCAUGUUGCACCUGUGUGCGUGUGUGUGUAUUUCGCGCUCUGCUCUGCUCUUGCUCGGCUGAUCGAGUGUGAAUUUUUCUUUCUUAGCUACUUGUUGUUGUUGUUGCUCAGCUACUUCUGCAAAAGUCUUGUGCGCGUCUCUUUGUUUUUGUUUUUUUUUUAUUUUUCUUACGAGCAAACUCGCCUGAGCGACUUGUUGCUGCUGCUGCCGCAACUGGCUGAUGGUCAAGCACCACCAGCGUCAGGUCGGGUCGUUUGGCAAGCUAUUGGCGCUCCACAGUUGCCGUUUCGGAGCGCGCCGCUAAAGUACGCGAAAACUACGUCGAGCGGAAGUCUGCAAAUCAAGAAAAAUAUUUUGCAUUUUUUUUAUUGGAAGAAAACAAUUUUUUUCUUGUGUGAAAACAAAAAUAAUCCAUUGCAACCACAACCACCAACAACAUUUGCAGCGUGGCGGCUAAAGCCUUGCUGGCAAGAAUAGUGCUUCAAGUGUAAACUAUAUAGCGGCGUGAUCCUUUCGCAGCACAAGCCAUCGAAGUGUGUGCAGUGAGAAGUUGAAGAAAUUAAAUAUAUAUAAGUGAACAAGCUUGUGCGAAAAAUUGUAAAGUUAAAGUGCAUAAGCAAGCCUUAAGUGGAUAAUAGUGUUUCUUAUAACAAAAACAAAGGCAAAGGCAGCAAGUAUGGAGUUAUAUCAGCGAAAUUGAAAACAUUUAGGGUAAUUACAACAAUCACAACAAAUUAAAUGGACGGAAGUGUUUUCAGAGUGAAAGACAUAGAAAAUGUCAAAAUUCAUAAUUUGAAAAAAUUAUUUAAUGAAAAGAAAAUUGAAAAAAAAAAAUAUGUGGAAAACAAAUGAAAAUUGUCACAACAAUAUUUAAAGAAAAAAACACAACAAAAAGUGAAAAUAAUAUAUCGAAAAUCACGCAAAUGUGGCGUUUUGUGUGAAUGAGUGUUGCAUGAAGAAGCAUGAAGAGUCCAAAAAGUGCAGUUCUAACGAAAAAGCAACAACAACAAUAACAAGCAAUAGAGAAUUAUGAAAAAAACAUGGAUGACAAUCAGCACGAGCAGUUGCAGCAACAGCAGCAACUAAUCUUAAACAACAAUAUACAACAACAACAAAAACAACAACAACCAACAACAAUGCUUAAUAAACAUAAUUUGCAUAAUUUCAGUCUUAAUCUCAAUAACCUCAACAGCAACAACAAUAGCAAUCAUAAUAGUAUUACUAAUAGUGGCAGUGGCAGUGGCAGUAAUAACUGCAACAGCAACAACAACAACAAAAGUCACCAACACAAUAUGAGUGCAAGUGUAAAUAGUAGUGUUUGCAACAACAGCAAUAAUAUUCUCAAUAGUAAUUCAAAUAAUAUUAACAACAACAACAACAACAACGGCAUGGAAGUGCCACACAACAAAAAUAAUAAUGCAAAUCUACAAAACAACAACAGCAAUAGCAACAGCAAAAAUAACAUAUGUAAUAUGAGUAAUAGUAAUAACAAUAACAACAGCAACAGUAGUGCUGGCGCUACGCUGAAAAAUAUCAACAACGCAACAACAACAAUGGCGUCAACAACAACAACAAACACAAAUAGUAACAGCAAUAAUAACAGCAAAAGCGGCAGUAGUAGCAACGGCAGCGGUAAAAGUUCGCCAGCCAACAGCAUUGGCGGUGGCUCUACAAAUGCCACCCUCAACUCCAACAACAAUAGCAACAAUAAUAUCAACAGUACUAAUAGCAUGGGCAGCAGUACGUCGACCAGCCUUUUGCUGCGUAAACAAUUUAUUGCCUCAUCGGAUGCCAGCAAUGCGAGCUUUAGUUCCGCCUCGGUCGCCGGUUCAAUACAGGAUGACAUGAGCGAUCAGUGCAGCCUCACACAAGCCGGUCUCGAGGAGUACAACAUACGCGCCUCAUCCUAUUACGAUCAGCCAGCGAUGUUGUUCCAUCAUCAGAAGCAAUCGUCGUAUGCACAAUCGGAGGGGUAUCACAGUUAUGUCUCCAGUUCGGAUUCCAGCUCGGCCACACCAUUCCUGGACAGAUUACGUCAGGAAAGCGAAAUGUUGUCGCGCCAAUCCUCCCACCAUUGGUCGCAGAAUGACUUAUCCUCUGUGUCAUGCGCUUCGAUGGCGCCUUCACCAACACCGCUGCUGCUCUCCACACUUGGUCGUGACGCGACGCUUUCGGGUAGCGGCGGUAGCAGCAACACUGGCGGUGGCGCUCAGCAACAACACAAUAAUAGUUCGGAGAGUACUUCGUCGACUGAGACACUAAAGUGGUUGGGUUCCAUGAGCGAUGUGUCCGAGGCCAGUCAUGCCACUGGCUAUUCGGCCAUCUCAGAAUCAGUUUCCUCGUCACAGCUGAUUGUGCAUAGUUCGCGCGUUCUAACCCCGAAACGGCAUCACAGCGAAAGCGUGCUAUAUCUGCAUGACGAGCACCAGCAGCAACAACAACAGCAACAAUCCUCGUCGUCUGUGUCGCCGCAACAACAGCAACAACAUUCGCCCAACGCGCACGUGUCCACCGCAAAACAGAUCAGUCCUACGCUGUCCGCGCGCGAAAGCACACAUUCGCCUCCGCGGUUGACGCCACAAACCGCCGCCGCACUGUUGCCCAAUCAUCGGCACAGCCCUAGUUACCCGCCUGUACACACCACCGCCGCCAUGCAUCCCUACCAGCCACAUCCACAAUACGCGCUGCGCCAGCAACCGCAAUCGCUGACACAUAAAUUAUUAAGCGCUCUACCGCAUUUGGAUAGCACGUCACAAAGUUCCUUGAAUGCAAACAGCAACGCGGAUAAUUGCAGUCUAGGGAGUGUGUCACACAGCGCGAAGACGUCACCAACAUUGCAGGGGCAAAUAUUAAAUUCUGUUAGUUCAGCUGCUGUAGGCGAUGCGUCUCAAUCAACGGUAGCUGCAACUACAUCCAAUUCAAGCACAUCUGUGACAAUGACGCAAGCGGCAGAUGCGGAAGCGCACUUGGCGCCUGCGUUACAAAAGCCGGCAAUUGUUCCGAAGUCAGCCAGCAGCAAUGCGAUUAUAGAAGUGAUGGCAGUUAGCGGCGCUGGCACGCAUUCACCCGGCAGCGCCAACUCACAGCUCAACGCGUCCAACACAUCCUUAGCGUCCGCAGUGUCGGCUGCCGCCGCGUUACCAACGCAAUCCUAUCGCAGCAAUCACCGUCUCUUCCCCGUCAGCACAUACACAGAAAAAGUGCACAGCAACACCUCGCAAUUUGUGCUACACCCCAAACCGCAGUACAGCGCCGGAUUAAAAAAGCCUACGCAACAUCAGCAGCAAGCGCAAAAGCAAGCGCUACAGCUGCCGCUGUCCGCAGCGCAAGCGGCAAAAUACAUGUCGUCCCCAAACAGUCCACCGCAGCCCAGUUGGCAAACGGUGGCUGAGCUGAUAAACGAUUUCGAGCGCACCAACAACGAACCGCAGCCACAGAAGUACACUUAUAUGGACCCGGGCAAGACACAACGUGUCUCCAAUCCCGCGCUGAAGGCCUUCCAAAAGAAUGCCGUACAGUCAUACUUCGAACGGCAGCAACAGCAACAGCAACAGAAUGCCAAAGAACAAGGUCCAGCGCAAAAGAAUUAUCAACCACUUAGCGCGCAUAUUCAGCAACAUUCACCAAUACAACUACAACAACAGCAGCCACAGCAACAUUCGCCGUCACAAACAUCGUUACAUGCAAGCACAACAGCAGCGCAUCAGCAACUUUUACGUCCGCAUUCCUAUCAGUCAAACAUGAAAGAGACUGCCGCGCAGCAUCAAAUCAUGAGGAGUUCACUGCCAAACUCCUAUGGUGCACAGCAGAAUCACUUGAGUGGGCAACAGCUGGCAUUGACGCAGCAACAAUUGCCUGCGCGCCAGUAUGCACCACCGCCGCCGCCACCACCGCAGAAGCCAACAAGUAGCAGUCACGGUAGUCAGGAUGAGCGCGCAAUGGGUGCAGCUAACAGCUACAGCGCGCUGCCUACAAAACCGCCUUCACCAGCGCCACCACCACCGCCACCACGUUCGCGCUCACUCAUGCCGCAUACUUUGCUGCGCCGCUCAUCAUCCGCCUCCGAUUAUGCGGAGUUUCGUGAUCAAUAUACGCGCGCUACGCAAGAGAAGUUGGUCGCGCAAUCUGUUAAGAAUAUUUCCAAUUCUGAAAAGUCCUCAUUCAAUGACUGUGGAAUGCCACCGCCGCCACCACCACCACGUGGCGCGCGCCCAACCAAUAUAUUGCCAACGCGUCGCACAUCCUCUGCCGCUGAGUAUGCGGCCGCCAUGCGUGAGAAAGCGCUGCUCCAGCAAGCCGCCGCCUUGGCACACCAACAACAUCAUCCACAUCAGCACGCGCAUGCGCCAAACUACGCGCAACAAUAUCACAAUCCACCACAACCGCUAGCGUCAUGCGCCAUCGAAUCGGGUUGGGUGCCCGAACGACCGCCAAAGAAUCCAAAUCUGCGCGUACCUUCACCCGACUUGCCACCGUUGCCACCUACCGCGGACUUGGACACGCAACUUGCCGAUGAACCGUUGCCACCACCACCGCCCGAGUUGUUGCAGCAGCAACGUCAACAACAGCAACAACAAUACUACGAUAUGAAUGCCUCAUUCAAUGUGAGCGCUGACUUGCUGCCGAAAGCGCCUUCACCCAAUCGUCGCAACAGCUUUGCUGGCUCCUCGACGCGCAAGUCGUACUUCAGUCGCAGCGGUUCGGAGAUGUUGUCAGCCUCGAAAGUGCCACCGCUCAUACCGAAGAAGCCGAGUAACAUUGAAACGCUGCAUGCGGUGCGACAACAUCUACAGCAGCAGCAGCAGCAACACGCACAACAGCUGACGGCUAAACUGUUAUUGAAUGGUGGUGGCAUGCCACAACCGCAACAGCAUUCGCCACCAGCACCACCACCGCAAACGCUGUCUGCCAUGGCGAAUGCAACGCGCGAUGCCAAAUUGUCAUCGGCGAAUCGCAAGCGACCGCACAAUCCCGCGGUGAGCGGUUUCACCGUGCCGCCGCCGAUAAUGGAGAAUGUGCCACAGCAACCGCAACAGCAGUUACCCAGCAGCAACUCACCGCCAAACACCAAUACUGCAUUGAAGUCUUCGCCACCGCCACCGCCCUUGAUGCCGCGCUGCAUGCCCAAUCAGACAUUAAUGAACAACAGUGGCAACAACAAUAUAAAAGCAAGAUGCAAUUCGAAGGCCUCGUACUUGCCACGCCAGAGUCUCGAGAAGCUGAACAACUUAGAUCCGGAUCAUGGCAGUUAUAAGCUCACGCUCACCUCAAAUGAGGAUUUGGUGGCGAAUACAAAACCCGCCGCCUACGAUAUACUCAAUACACAUAAUGGUAAAAUGCCAAAUAAUUUGCCAGAUGUUCUGCCAUUGGGCGCGAAGUUACAGCCACAGCCUGCAUCUCCCACAUCCGCCAAUGCUUCGCCAUUACGCUAUGGUUCCAACAAUAACUUGAAUACAACACAGACUGUGCCACAACAACAACAGCAGCAGCAGCAACCACAACCGAUGUCUCCUAAUUGCUAUCCCGCAUAUCCUCCCACACAGCACCGUUACUCUACGCCAGCUAUGAACACUUACAAUAGCAACAAUAUUGGCAACACUACUGCCGGCAAGGCAACUAAUUACAGUCGAUCUCAGUCAUACGAAGUACAUAAUAACUCGCAACACAGUGGUAAUCUCUAUCAUCAUCCCAGUCACGCUAGCAAUAGUCCCACAAAAUUCAUGUCACAAUCCACAAUGGAUUUGAAGCGUACACAACAACUGGAGCCGACGCUCGAAGAGACCACCGCCGCCUUGCUCAACGAAAGUGGCACAGUGUUGUCGCCUGCACAAUCGGAAAGCAGUCUGAGUAGCCCAUGUAAACGUCAGCUGCCAUCGCUGUCCAUGAAACCGCUCUCGAGCCUUGGCAACUCCAGUGAUAGUGGCAGUGGCAGCACGAGUGGCAGUGAGGGACGCAUAUUCCGUGCCGAAGUGGUCACAGCUACGCUUUCGACGUCACCUAUUGCGCCUGUCAAGUCCGUUAUACGUAAGGAUUCACUACGCGAGAACAUCGAAAAGAUAACACAGCUGCAGUCGAAAUUGAUGUCGGCACAUCAGUCGGAAACCAGUUUGAUAGGCAUUUAUGGCUCGAAGACAGCGCUUAAUACGACAGCGACAUCUGCGCCCACUACACCCACAACGAAAACCGAGAAUACACACGCACAAUUGACAGAUGACAGUACCGCUGGCAAGCAGGCGAGUGAUAGUAGUAUCGAGCUGGCGCUAGAACAAACCCGUGGGGAGGAGCAUAAUUCCACAGAGCAUAUUGAAAAUAACACGGUGGACUCCGGCAGUCCACAACCGCCUAAAUCGCCUACAAAUACAGUUUCUACGCCAACCUCGCCAACCGCAAACGCUACGCUACCUCAACCAGCCACAAUCGUCGCCAGCACAAAUACCACAACUGACGAGCUCACAGCAACACAAACGGCAGAGUUGAACAGCAGCACGGAUAGCUUAAAACUCAUACAACGCAGUGAGAUCGUACUACGCGUGAACCCAGCCACCACAGAGGCAGCUUCACAAACCGAGGAUGAUCUGAGCGCCGCCAACAAUGAUGCGGACGAAAACACACGACUCACAGAACAACCGCAAACCAAGGAGGAUACACAACAACAGCGCAUAACAUUGCAGCCACGUCAACGGCAUCCGAUUGAGAUCGAUUGCGAAGAAAUGUCACAAGAAUUGGCUACACUCUUAGCGACCAACGAGAAGUUGGUUGCAAUCUUAGCGCCACCCACACACAAAUCACCCACAGACUAUGUUAGCAAUCUAUAUAAUCCCAAUGUGCCAUUGCGACCGGCCAAACGUGAUGUAGGCACUUCAACGCUGCUGCGCAUGAAAGGACAUGAUGCACAGGAAAAGGUCACAGUUGAAUUACAAUAUGCCGAAGUGGAAGUACUCUUGACCAACGGUGAUAGCGAGUCGGAGACUAGCGAUCUGCUGAAGAAGAAAGUGGAUGAACUUAUGAAACAGUUAAAUCGUAAAAUACGCAUACUAAAUAAGGAACAAACGACGCUCAAGGCGGAAGCCGAACUCAACGACGAGUUGGGCAAUAGUCUAGUCGGCAAGCUAACGGACAAAGUGCGUCCCAUCGAAGCAACUAAAUGUCGCACCUAUAUCGAUGAUGUCGGUCAAAUAACCAGUCUGCUGCUGUCACUCUCCGAACGUUUGGCGCGCAUAGAAAAUAGUCUGAGCACCGUUUCAGCGGAGAAUAACGCCGAAAAGAAAUCACUUGAGUUAAAGCGCGAUCGUCUACUCGAUCAGUUAGCCGAAGCGAAGCGUUUGAAAGAGGACAUAGAUCGACGUGGUAGCAGCGUGGUUGGCAUAGUCGAGAAAACACUCAACGCCGAUGAGUUUGCCGAUUUCGACUAUUUCAUCAAUAUGAAGGCGAAGCUAAUAGCUGAUACACGUGAUGUAGCCGACAAGAUCAAAUGUGGUGAAGAACAGCUGAAUGCGCUCAGUGAAGCGCUCAUACAAAGUGAUUGUUAAAGUAGUUCUAAAUAAGGCGUUUCAAAUGAAACUAUAUUUGUUUUUGUUGAAGUGUUGCAAAGAAGAAAUGAUCGAGAAUAGCGCAACUGCAGCUCAGGUCCUAUAGAAAUGACUUUUAAGAUAGCUAUAUGUGUAUGUAAUUAGGGUAUGUUGGCUGAGUAAGCGGAUUUUCCAUGCCUUCAACAGCGACAAGUUGAAAGCUUAGUGUGAGAAUCGUUAGGAGAAUGAAGGACAAAUGACGAGCGCAAUUGAACUGAGCCGGCUUUCAUCGAAGUCUAGUUUGAUCAUUGUAGUAGUAGUAGUAGUAGAGCAGCGAAAAGCCCAAACAGAUUUGGCUUCACUCGCAAUUUAGUUUCUUUUGUAUAAGAGUAGAGCCUGUAAAUUGUAAAGAUUUGUGUAUGAAACGCCGCAAACAAGGUGCUACGCUUUAAAUAAAUUGUAUACACUUAUGCAUGUAAAAUUUAGUUGCUAGUACUUAGUAUUGUAUUAAUUAUGGCAUUGGAAAAGAAUUGUUAGAACACAAAGCGAACUUAUACGCCUUGAAAAAGGCGAAACAAAUGUAUUUUAGAAAGCAUUAGCAAUGCAAUAUGGCAUGCUUUCGGAAUGCAAUAACUAUUUAAAAAAACAUUUACUUUAAUUGGUAGAAUUUAUAAUACACACACACACACACUUAAUUGUAUAAUAUGUGAUUUAAAAAUACGAUUUUAUGUUAAUUAGUCCUUAUCACUAUGAGAAUCUUAACAAAGCAAGCAACACGCAUACGCCAGGUUUUUCGAAGUGAAGUCCCCUUUGUGCGCUAGCUUAACUCAAAAGCGAUGUGACAACGAAAAAUUGCUUGAUCAAAGGUAAAAAUCAUAACUAGAAACUGCGUGCAUUGAAAUUGUGUGUAAAGCAAGGAAGAUAGAAGAUUCGCAAUUCAUUUCUCAAGUGUCUGUAGCAUAACUGCGUCCUAUUUUAGAUUUGUCUUAGCUUAAGUUAAUAUUGCACUUGCAUUGGAGCAAAACUGUACUAUAAAUAAAUUUUAAUAAAACUCAAACUAUAGCUCCACAGUUAAAAUAUGGCAAUUAAACAAUAUUAUACAUACAAACAUACAUACAAUAUAUAUAUAAUAUAAGAAAACAUAAGAAAUGUAAAUGUUAUUAAUGAAAUGAAAGAGAGCCGCAAAAAAGAAAGGAAUUCAAGAGAAAUUUGCAUGAAAAAAAUUCUAUUACCCACAUGUACAUAUACAUAUUUGCAUGUAAUGAUUUGUGUACUUAUGUCACGGCAAUUGUAAUGGGUUUGUGAAGUCUUUUUUGCAAAUUGCGCCACUUUAAUUUUAUGUAUGCUUAUAAUAAGAAUUACAAAUAAAGAAAUACUUCAAAAAUUAAAA